AUGGCUGAUCACCAGUUCGAACAAUUCGAGAAGUGUGUUUAUUGCAAGCGAGAAAUCGACAAUUCAUCGAUAUUUGCGAUAUUUCAAUGCGGUCAUCUGUACCACGAUGCAUGUGCGAUGUCUUUCGUAAAUCACGUUAAGGUUGAUGUUAAAUGUGCGGCUGAUGAAUGUGCCGUUAAAAUACACGGUCGCCAUCCGAUUCGAUUAUUUUACACGUUCGAUGAAGAAGCGUUUCUUGAAAAUCAAAAAUUAAAGCUUUCUUUAAAGGCAGCUAAAGAUCGAUAUGAAAAAAUCCGAAAGCAACGAAAUAAAUUAAUAAUAAAGUCUCGCCAUUUGAAACGGAAAAGAUCUGAAAAAAUUUUUGCACUUUUCGAAAAAAGUCGUGAAAUAGAAAAAAUGAAGGACGGUUCACGAGGGUCUGGAUGUUUAUCUAAAAUUUUGGUUGCUCAACACCAGUAA